AUGUGUGCACCAAAUGUUACUGCUAACAAAAGUGUAACGGCAAUAAGUGACGUUCAAUCGAGUGGGCUACCCGUAUCAGAGCCAACGCCGGGGCCUAGCACGUCAUAUUUAAAUUUUAAUAUAACAAGGCCUGCGGCCGUUCAUGAGUGCUUCGUUAAUAACAUUCCCCGUUUAAAUUUGGGUGUUGUCAAUACAUCCUUCAAGGAACCUAAAGUACCUAAAGCUAAUCCAGAACAUUUGCACCGGCUUGAGGUUUUACAAAGAUUCGGUGAUAUAGCUUGGAAAGAUGUUCGGUAUAAUGAUGUGUUAAAAAUCCAUAACGCCGCGCCUGGCUUUGUUGAGAUACAAAUUAAUGAUGAUCUCAGGCAAUUUAUUAAAGGCAAAGAUUACGUAGCCAGUUCUGAAAGAUUAAGAGCUCCUUUAUGCAAUGCAUUGAUCUCUCAGCGAGAGGUUCUCAAUCAUUGUUUGCAGAAAGUUAUUGAUUGGACAGCUUUACCUGACAGUACACUGUCGCCUUCAAAUAUUUACGAUGAAAUAUCUGAGUGUUUCCUACCCUCAUCUAAAUUUCAUAAAAUUAGUGAGGAGAUUAUGCAAUUAGUGUGCGGGAAACGGGUGGAAUAUUUUGAAACUCGUAGGGAGCGUAUCCUUAGUGAGAUUUCAAACAAGAAUUUGCGUGAGGGUCUGCGUAAGAUUCCUCCGAGUUCUAGCUUUUUAUUUGACGAAACUCUACUGCGGUCCUAUAUUCAGAAUACGGGCGGAUCAGAUAAAUGGCUUCAACCUUGGUUUUCUUCUGAGAAGAGCCAGGCUGUCAAUAGUCGUAAAGUGCCUAGCAAGCCAGUUCAGCACAAUUUUCGAGACUUAUCAAAUCAGCCCUUUCGUCAAAAAGCUAGCGAGUCAAGUUAUCGGAAAAACCAUAGCACAAGCUCAUUCAAGCAGAACACUAAGAGCAAGCAAUCCCAAGAUCAAGCAGCUAUUACAACAAGGCGUUCUAGAAGUUGUGAAGCCACAGGAUGUGGGUCCAAGUUUUCUUUCUACAAUGUUCUUGACAAAAAAGAGCAAUGGAUCCGAAAGGCCAAUAUUCAAUUUAAACCGACUGAAUUGUUUUAUAAUUCCGAAAACCUUCAAACUGAUAUCUCACUUUCAAGUUCCUCACUUCCUACAAAGGGAAGACUGGAUGGUGAAAUUGGACCUGUCCUCAGCUUAUUUCCAUGUGAACGUUACAAGGAGUCAUCGGCGGUUUCUGAGGCUUGUUUACGACAACGUGAUUAUGCAAAUGACAUGCCUCCCGUUCGGACUAUCAUGUGCGCCCAAGGUCUUCUCAGCUCUAACGAACUGGGUAGCACAGUGCCUGCGAUCCAAGGGCAUGCGAGUCAUAGUUUACUUGGACGAUUUUCUAAUCGCAUGUCAGUCGAAAAGUCAACUUCAAAGCCAUGUAAGAUCGGCAAUCAGUGUUUUGGAGAACUUAGGAUGGACAAUAAACUACGACAAAUCCGAAAUCGAGCCAGUUCAAAAAAUGGAAUAUUUAGGGUUAGUUUGGGACACCAAAGCCAACUACAAAAGCUUACCAACCAAAAAGAUCCAGAAGUUAUUACUGAUAUUGAAGAGGAUAGUACGGAGACUGAAAAUGUCAUUAAAGGAGGCUCAAAUAAUAUUAGGAACUCUAAACUUUGCGUGUUUCGUUGUACCAAGAGGUCGUCUUUAUUGUCGUCAACUGCAAAUACAUUUACGAAAUCUGAUGCACCUCCCAUCCAACCGCAAACCAGUAGAAGUAACAUGUGUUGUCAUGCGAGAUCUCAGGUGGUGGAUUACUACUCUGCAGAGUCCAAUAGUUCGGAGCAGCCUGCAUUGUCAGUUAAUUCAACACUUUUUGACAACAGAUGCAGCGGAUUACGGGUGGGGGGCACAAUUGGACGACCAGUUCAUAUCAGGAGGAUGGACGCGAGCCCAACGUCACUGGCAUUCCAAUCGGAAAGAGAUGUUUUCCUUAAUAGCACCCGUAAAACAUUUUCGAAAUCGACUUCAUGGUCGUCAUUUGAAUUUCCAAUCGGACAGUCGAACAGUGAUAUCUUAUGUUCGAAGAGAAGGAGGAACACGAUCGACAGCGUUGCUCCAUAUGACUUAUCAACUCUUGGAUUUGAUAGACAAAGAAGAAAUUUUAUUAACAGCAGAGUACAUUCCCGGGAAAUUCAACAGUAUUGCAGACAGCUUAUCCCGCGGGAAAAGGAUUUCGGAAUGGCAUCUUUUACGACCAGCUCUCGUCAAUAUAUUCCGAAAGUUUGGGAUUCCCAAAAUAGAUCUCUUUGCAAGCAAGGAAACGAGAGUUGUGGAGCAAUAUGUUACCAAAGAUUGUCUGGACUCUUCAGCACAAUUUUGCAACGCAUUCAGUCGUCAGUGGCAAUACCAGCUGGCAUGGGUGUUCCCACCACCAAGCUUAAUACCUCGAGUUCUGCACCACUUAAACGCUGCUCGAGGAACAUUUCUUUUAGUAGCCCCAAUGUGGAAGAGGGCUUAUUGGCUACCAGAUCUCCGUCGACGAGCGCUGGCCAGACCAAUGAAAAUAACCAAGCUGGACCAAGUGCUAAUAGAUCAGAUAAUCGGCCUCCCACCACCUCACGUUCAGAACAUGGAUCUUUACGUCUGGAAGAUAGCAGCUGGGGCGAGGUAACUAAAGCUUGGUCAGAAGCCGAAAAAUCGCUUCUUAGAGCUGGCUGGAGAGAAUCAACAUUAAAAACUUAUGGACCAGCAUGGUCCCGAUGGAUGAAAUGGUGUAAAAAUAAUAGUUUUGAUUGCAACUUUCCUUGUGAUGUUAUUCUCUCGAGAUUCUUAGCAUAUCUUCACCUUGAAGAGAGAUUAGCUUAUCCGACUAUAUUGUUGCAUAAGUCAGUAGUUUUAUCUUUUGGGCAAGUCAAACACAAUGAACAUUUAAAUUCUAACUUUCUCGUUCGACAUAUUCUUAAAGCUAUCUCUCUUCAAAGUCCAAAGUUACAGAGAUCACCCAUUUGGGACCCAAGUGACCUACUUGUCUGGCUGGAGCUAAAUCCCCCGAACAAUAUCAGUUUGUUUGAAGCUUCCCGCCGCUGUGUAUGUCUUUUCUUAUUAGCAUCUGGUAGACGCGUUCACGAUCUUACUUUACUCAGAAUAUCUAAUGACUGUUACUUUGACAAUGACAGUCAUAUUAUCCUUUAUCCUGUAUUUGGGUCAAAAACAGACACAGCUACAUACAGG